AUGAAAGGACCUGUCCCCAUCCAGGACGUCAUGGCAAGUGACACAGAGCCCUCCAACACCAUCAAACUGCUGCACCUGCUUUUCCUCUCCACUUCCUGGGGAAUGCAGGUCUGGGUGACCUUCGUGGCCGGGUUUGUGAUGAGCAGACACCUUCCUCGCCACACCUUUGGCUCCAUCCAGCGUGAGCUCUUCCCCUACUACUUCCACAUCAGCUCCACUUGUGCCUUCCUCAACCUGACCCUGUUUGCCAUGUCCCACCCCAGCGAGCGGCUCAGCGAGGAGCACACGACCCAGGCCAUCAUCUUCUUCAUCUGCACCGCCGCUUCCGUGCUGAACACGCAGUGGUUCGGGCAGGUCACCUCCGACGUGGUGGUCAAGCUGCAGCUGGUGGAGCACAGCCACGGGCUGGGGCAGGAGCUGGGGCAGGAGCUGGGGCAGGAGCUGGGGCAGGAGCUGGGGCAGGAGCUGGGGCAGGGGCAGGCAGCCAGCGAGCCCCGCCGGCAGCUCCGCGCCUCCAACCCCAGCUACAGGCAGCUGGCCCGGCGCUUCGCCCUCUACCACGCUCUGUCCUCCCUCUGCAACCUCCUGUGCAUCGUGUGCAAUGGGCUGAGCCUGCACCGCCUGGCUGCCCAGCUCUCUGCCCUCUGA